AUGGGGGACGCCUCACCCACCCCGCACCAACUCCUAGUAGAGGCGGUUGUCUUCUGGAGCAUUGGCGUGGUUAUCUACAUCGGGCGAAUAGUCGCACGAUGCAUCUCCAAUGGAGGCUUGCGGAAUCUGCAGGUGGAUGACUAUCUCAUGACCUUUACCUUUCUCGUGUAUACAGCCCUCCUCAUCCUCAUCCGCGUCUCCGCCGAAUACGCAACAAACCUAUACCCAGAGUCGGAAAAAGACCGCAUCCUCUCCAACCCCGAAGACGUCGCCAGCCGCAUCUACGGCAGCAAAAUCGUCAUCGGGCUCGAACAGAUGAUGCUGGUCUCAACCUGGGGCGUCAAGACCUGCCUGGUGUCCAUCUACUGGAAGCUCACGCAACGACUGCGUUGGCACCUCUUCGUCCAGAUCCUCGCCGGCUACGUCGCCCUCGGCUUCGUCGUUAUCGAAAUCACCUACUUCGCCGUCUACUGCCGGCCGUUCUCGCAGUACUGGGCCGUCCCCGUCGAGAACCAGCAAUGCGCCAGCUACCAGCACUACUCCAUCACGCAGGCCGUGUUCAACAUCUCCUCGGACGCCUUCAUGCUCAUCAUCCCAAUCCCCCUCCUCAAGGGCGCCCAGAUGCCCAUCCGCAAGAAGCUGCUGCUGAUAGCCGUCCUGGGCCUCGGUGUCUUCGUCAUCAUCGCCGCCAUCCUCAAUAAAUACUUCAACUUCCACUCCCCCGACACAACAAUCUACCAGCUGUGGUACAUCCGCGAAGCGUCCACCGCCAUCUACGUCGCAAACCUCAUGUGCUGGUGGCCGCUGCUGCGCCGCAUCUUCGGCAGCGUGCUCUCGCAGUACAGCGGGCGCUAUCGCUCAGACCGGUACGGUCCCUACUACGGCGACCCGUCCCGUGGCUCGGGUGGCUUAUCGCAAGCCCUCGGUGGCUCUCGGCCAGGGACGGGCACCGUCACACAGACGUCGACGAGCGGAGACAAACCAGGGAGUCGCUGGUGGCGGGGGGUUCGGAGUCGGGGGCGAUCGCGGACCAGGGCGAAUUCCAAGGGAGCGAUGGCGUUGACGGCAUCGACGAGUCAAGAGGCAAUCAAUACGUCGGUGCCGAAUACACCGGGUAGCGGGGACUCGCACUCCGGGUCGACCUCGAAUGUGCCGCUGGAGAUCUGGCGCAAGGUGGAGGUUAAUGUGGAACAGAAUCGCAGUCCGGAUCCGGAAGCAAACAAUUAG